AUCGGCCCAAGAUCCGCCUGCCCCGUGCCCUGAGAUCAAGAUCCGUCAAGCAUGUUGGGGAACAGAUCAAUCUUGUCAUCCCAUUCGUUGGCAAACCAAAACCUGUGAUAUCAUGGACCAAGGAUGGCCAGCCUUUGGAUACGAAGAAGGUAAACAUCCGCAACAGCGACAAGGAUAGCAUCCUGUUCAUCCGCAAGUCUGAGAGAGAAGACUCGGGCAGCUAUGAGAUGACAGUGAAGGUCGACAGCUUCGAAGACAAGGCUAACCUCAUAAUUCAGAUCGUCGAUCUGCCUGGUCCUCCUGCCUCUAUCAAGCUAGUGGACUCUUGGGGCUUCAAUGCAGCUCUGGAAUGGACCGCUCCCAAAGACAACGGCAACACUGAGAUCACUGGAUACACCAUUCAGAAGGCCGACAAGAAAACUGAAGUAAGUGACUCAUAA